AUGGACCAGGCCGUGGGGCGUCUCCAGGCCGCUCUAGCGUCGGUUACGAAUGAGGUCACCGUUGCGGCCGCGAACAUUAAGUUUGACUUCAGCAUCGUCAAGUAUGAAGCACCCAGGGAAUUUCAACCGGUUGGACAGCUACUCUCCGACCGGAGAAAGCGCGAUGCGGAGGAUGGCAAGAGCCACACAACGGCGCGCCGUUUAGCCGCGCUCUUCGCGGGUGUGUGUCCCAAAACUCCUGCCCUCGUCGCAGCGUAUGGGAAACGAGCCUCGGAGAUCGCCACGCAGGCCACGAGCAAAGUAUCCAAGGCCCAUUUCGCCUCCGUGUUUUCACAGUACACAGGCGUUGAUGCCACAUCAAUGUGGGCAGCCGCGACAUCAUCUCCCAAUGGCGCGGAUGGCGACGCCAUCCAGGUUCACCUCCUGGCGUGCAUGCUCGCCUCGGUUUGGGAUGCACCCGAGGCGACCUCGAUAUGGGUCGAAAUUGUGGACGGGAGGCGCCACGACAUUGCGCUUCAAGUUGAAGGCGGCGGAGCGGUGCCAUUUGCAACAGCCGCUGCUGCUGCCCAAGCGGAGAUACCACGCCAGCAAUUGGCCGAGUGGGAUGCCAGCGCUCGUGCGUGGUUGGAAGUCGCCAACUCCGCCAAGUCAAAGGAGCAGACGCAGUUUCGAUUAAUACUCCAUAACAUCGAAUUGUCGGUUGGGGGGCCCGAGCAAUGCCUCACGACAACAGCAAAUGUUGUCGGGGCUUGGGUGGGAGCUGUCACCGUCAUGGACAACCUCCUCUCUGGUAUACCCCAAGAAGUUAGCGAUGGCUCAGCAAUCGUUGGACUAAUGGCGUGGCACUUGUACCCCGAAAUUCAUGUAUUUGGCCCGCGUAAUGCCGAACUGAAGAUGAAUGACGACCUGGUUCCGCCCGGCGGUAUCCUGACCCUCGGCUGCUCACCAUCUGCCACAACACCCAAGUCAGGGGUUACCUGGUCGCUUUCCCUCUCGAAGCUUCGAUACUACGGCAAUUCUGUGCCAGCCACGGCCACGUUGCAGGGUGAUUCGUCACGGCUGACGGCCGGCGAGUUCAGAUUCGUCUUGGUCGGGUGUCUUCUCCGGGAGUGGAACACGCCGCCCGCCAAGGAUGAAAUGGCCAUCCGGGUCCUGGGAGGCAUCGCGCGCGCCGUGAUACAGGGCCUUCUGGACAGGAGCGCUGUCAAUGGGUUUCCAGGACCGGGGGAUGACUACCUGUGGAUACGCACCUUGGUUGCUGCGAUGCUUCUUCUCAACAAAGCUUCCGAGGACUACACUGGUAACGAGCACAAAUUUCAACCUUUUGUUACACUCGGGAGAAACAGGCCACAGUACGGACCUCAGCCACCUGCUGAUUGGGAGGGAAGGAUAGUCGCCCAGCACUUCUUCGGUAUGCUCGACCCGGGCAUGUUCCUAUCUGCCCUGCGGGGCCCGGAAGAGAGGAUUGCUGCGCUCAGGCGAAUUGCGCACCGGAUCCCGGGCCUACAGGACCUCCCCGCCAUAAUCCGGUACAAAACUACAGAUCACCAGACCGACUUUGUCUCACUCUUUCCGUCGCCAGGCGUAGAGGAAGCCGAGUUGCUGUUAGCCGAGAUCAGGGAGGCUGGACCGUUCGCCACCGAACCAGAUAUAGUAGACUGUUUUCCUUCUAGCGCCGAUUGGGAAAUGUACGACAAUGGGAACCCAGACCCGUUUUUCACUCCAGAUGCGAGGCAAGCCAAUUCGGAAACCUAUAGCGGUGGCAACAUAUUAGACUCGUUUGUUACUACCUCGGGGAGGCGAUUCGACCGCCGUUUUGGGGAUUGGGAGUCGGCCAUCUUCAUUCCAACUGGCUCCCCCGGGCACUUCUACGGAGAGAAUUUUUCUCUAGAAGACCUCGCCUGGGCACUGCAGCGUGGCACGAUCAGGCCGAACAUAGACACCAUAGCUGCUGACCCCAUGACACCUUGGCUUGCACGGUUCCACUAUGCACUGUCUUGUCUUCAAUCUUUUCCGGAGCCUGUCAUCAGCAUCAGGACUCUACAAAGGAAUCCACAGAAAGCGAAGUGGGCCAGGGCUUGGGACCAGGGAACUCUGGUUUCGAACCCUUGGGUAGUACCCGUCAAGGAAACCUUUUCAAUUUUGGCAUAUUUUAUCAGUGGUUGCGAUAUUGGGCACGAUGAGCUGCAUAAAAAUAUAGCUGGUAUCUCCUUUGGGAGUUCCCUCUACGUGCCAGACGAGCUACUUCGCGAUCCCUUCCUGACGAGGACAGAAGGGCCUCGAAGAGUCACACGCAUACUGGGCAACAUAGGAAAGCCAGGGCUGGUGAUCUUUUCGUCCGUGACUAAUCCUAUGACGGCUCCCCUAGACCACACAGCUUGGAGAAUAGUCGAGGACAUGGGCGCCUUUGACGGCCAGCCGGCCGACUUGUUUGCCUCGACUUCGAUGCACCUCAGCUUUACGCAGUGGGGGCGGUCGAUGGACAUGGCCGACUCACACGGCACGCAGGAUGUGCAGUUCACCAAGAUGGAGUCGGUUGUUUCCAUUCGGGACGCGGGUCGCUGGAUCGGUGACGUCGAUGUUGUAGCCACGCUGAAGAGUUCGUACAUCCUUUCGUGGUCACCAACACAUUCACCAUGCGGCCAUCCUACUACCUCAGAGCCGCCGAAAUCGGUCUCGCUGAAGUCGAUCAAUAACUGGGACGAGCUCCGCGAGUGCCAGUCCGGCUUGGCUGUGGUACGAGUCCACGGAAACUGGCUGGCCAGGCUUGCGGUGACGGCCUACCUGGCGCAGCGCGCGGAGAAAGCCGCCGGCGGGGGUGCUAGAAUUACGUUGCUGCCUUCGUCGGUGUGCUGGACUUGCUUGAUGAAUGACAAUGAGUUUCAUUCUGUCGUUUACAUUUACUAG